AUGGCAGGGGUCAAGUGUAAUACUUUAGCCGGGGAGGACAUCUUUAAUUCGGUGCUGCAAAGCAAACCAGGCCUGCUCUACCACCUGCCCUGCCAAUGGAAUGUACAGUUGGGUCGAUCCUCAGAGACUUGGCUGUGCGACUGCCACUGGCCCUUGCCUGGCAGGGCUGACCUCCAAGCCGACUCGAUUCUCAAAAUCGCUCAUUGGAAUUCCGCGGACAAGACAUUUCUUCGUGUGGGCAAAGUCGACGAAUUGGUCGCUGUACCAGACGACGAGAUGCCUUCCGUCGGUGCACAAACACGCAGCGACCUCCACUUGAGUUACAAUUCAUCAAAGAAGACAAACACUGAUCACGUGACAGGGCCAGCUUCAGAAGUCGUGAUGAAGGGUAGAAGCCGCACCAGCAAGAGGAAGUCCAUCAUUUCGGUCAAGCUGUCCGACUUUGAAGAAGGUAAACUGAUUGUUGCUAUGAUCAACCACAUCUGA